UAGGCCAACAGUACCUGAUUCCAAUUUAUAAACGCAUUUCCCUUCUCGCUCAAACCAGUGCUCAAUCGAUACCAAACGAAUCCUUCUCCCCAUUCUCCAUUUCUCCUCCUCUUCGAAGAGGAGGAGCAAAAUGAAGGACAAGAGGAGAUUCGCCGUGCUUCUAUGCGCCGAGGAUACAGAGUAUGUGAAGAAGGUAUACGGAGGUUACUUGGAGGUUUUCAUGGCUCUUCUGGAGGAAGAAGGAGAGGUUUGGGACGUUUAUAGGGUCGCGAAAGGCGAGCUUCCGGCCGACGAUGCCGUCGAGAUCUACGAUGGGUUCGUCGUCACAGGGAGUCGCAGUGAUGCCCAUGGCGAUGAUGCUUGGAUCCAGGAUCUGGUUGCUCUUUUGAGGCGUCUUCAUCAACGAAGGAGAAAGGUCCUCGGGAUUUGUUUUGGACAUCAGGUAUUAUGCAGAGCAUUGGGAGGGAAGACAGGUAGAGCUGUUAACGGUUGGGACAUAGGUGUGACCUGUAUCCAUCCUUCUCCUUCCUUAAGCAAGCUGCUUAUCCCUCCUCACCUUCCAGUAAUCCAAUGCCAUCAAGAUGAGGUAUGGGAGCUACCACCACUUGCUGAAGCGCUAGCCCGGUCGGAGAAGACCGGAAUAGAGAUGUUUAAGUGUGGGGAUCACAUCAUGGGCAUACAAGGCCAUCCAGAGUACACCAAGGAUAUCCUCCUCCACCUCGUCGAUCGUCUUCUUCAACACAAACUCAUUCAGGACUGCCAUGCUGAAGCAGUGAGAGAAAGCUUAGAUGCGCGAGAGCCUGAUCGGGGAGUUUGGGAGAGGCUAUGCAAAGGCUUCUUAAAGGGCAGAUUGUCGUUGUAGCAAUGUUUGGUCAAUGUAUGCUCUGCAAACUCUUAAAUAGAACUUUUUUAGAGAACGGGGCUAUCUACCCGCUGCCAUCUCUUUAGGAGGCGUAUGACAGUGUAAUAAUCCCUCGGCAAGCCUACCAGCAACCAGCGUCAUAGGUGCAGGACCUGUAGGUAUUUUCUUCUCACUUAAGGAGUUGAGCCUCAUGAGAGGGGAAUCAAAUAUGGGUUCGGGGGUUUCCAACCAAGCUCGUCCACCAAACCAGCUAAAGCCUGAUGGGGUAUUUUGAUUUCUUUUUAAUAUCUUGAGGACCAAAAUGGUUCGUUAAUAUAAUGAGGAUUAUUUAUAUCUUUCAUAAAAAA